AUGAAUGGAGCUCGUUCAAGAUCCACCACCUUCGUGACUGUCAUCCUUGCCCAAGGCGUAAACAGUGAAACCCCGCACGAUUCCAACCUAACGUACAAGCGUAAGGAGCGAAAAGACACCCACAUCCUCCACCUCGCGACCCUUGACCCCAAACCCGUUCGCGAUCCGCCCCAUGACACGGCCCUCCACCCACCGCAUCCUCAGGCGACACCAUCCCGCGACGGUCCGGAGCGAUUUCAGAUCAAGACCCCGGGGUCAGCCGGGACCCCGUCGGUGUCGGAGUCCCGUCUGCCGAACCACCCCAACCCUUCCCCCCCGGGUGCGCCCGCCGCCCUUUCGAUCCCCACCGACACAUCCUCCCGCGUCGCGUCCGGGCCCCGUUCGACCACCCGCGCCGCCUCGAGGGGACGACCGCCGCGCGACAGGGGCUCCGUUCGCCGGUCCGGACCGUGCGGCGGGGCUCCGCCGAGACCGAGGGCGAGGGCGGCUCCGAGGACGCAGAUGGCGAGGUGCAUCUCGGACGGAGGAUGUCUUUGA